AUGGAGCUUCACCAGAUGGAUAUAAAGACGACAUUCUUGAAUGGGAAUUUAGAGAAAAAAAUCUACAUGAAUCAAUCAGAAGGGUUUAGUAUACAAGGAAAGGAAAGUCUGAGAGUCUGCAUUGAUAAAGUUCUUGAGAUAUAUGGUAUGAAGACCUACAGACCUAGUGUUGCUCCUGUGAUUAAGGGUGAUAAGUUUAGUUUGAGCCAGUGUCUACAGAAUGAUCUAGAGAGAGAACCAAUAAAAGACAUUCCCUAUUCUUUAGCUGUGGGAGGUCUUAUGUAUGUCAUGACUUGCACUCGUCCAGCUAUUAGCUAUGCAGUUGCGAUGUUAGGUAGAUACGUUAGUAAUCCUGGUAUGAAUCUCUGGGUGGCUGCCAAGAAGGUGAUGCGUUAUUUACAGGGAACGAAAGACUACAUGCUUACUUACAGAGCAACUGAUCAGUUGGAAGUGAUUAGUCAGUCAAACUCUGAUUUUGCUAGCUGCCUUGACAGUAGAAAGUCUACAUCUGGUUAUGUCUUUCUAUUAGCUGGUGGGAUAAUUUCUUGGAAGUCCAAGAAACAGACUUGUGUCUCUACUUCUACCAUGGAAGCGGAGUUUGUGGCAUGA